AUGGUCUGGGGCGGUCGUCAACAGGAUGAACCCCAACCACCCCCGCAGGAGUUACUGGAUAAGCCUGUAGUUCGCGGGAAGCUCCCCGCCAAAUUGCAACUGCUGGUCGAUCGUGAGGAUGAUUAUUACGAUGACCUCUAUUCUCAAUACUCGGUCGACUCGACAGAAACACCUUACCGUUAUGCUGCGUACGCCAACCGUAUCCGCACAAUCCUCAUCUCCGCUCAUCGCUAUGUCGCCUACACUUCAGACAUUGGCGAGUCCUUCCGUCCGAUUGCACACCCAUGGCUUGUGCGAUCAGCCUACGGUAUCUCCUGGGCAUACCUGCUAGGCGAUGUUGGUCACGAAGGCUACAAGGCCUACCUCCGGAAUUGGAAGGCACUGGCUCCCACUGGCGAAGCAUACAAGGAUGCUAGCCAGCCCUCGCAGGACCAGAUUAUCAGGGGUAUGGCGACAGGCAAUAUGACUAUCGGCAACUCAGCCGAGUCCAAGGAUGCGCCUGCAAAUUGGUCGACCCCGGAGAUCCCACUUGCGGAGGAUUACCGCCUGGUCAUGGCCAAACGGGCGGUGUUCCAAAGUAUUGCUAGCAUGGGAUUGCCUGCAUUCACAAUCCACAGUGUCGUCCGGUACUCUGGGCAGAUGGUGAAGGGGGUCAAGAUUGCGUUUAUUCGUACCUGGACGCCGAUCGGGCUCGGUCUUGCUGUUGUCCCCUUCCUUCCCUAUCUCUUCGAUCACCCCGUUGAUGAAGCCGUUGAAUGGGCCUUCCGUACUGGUCUUCGCGCUUACGCCGGCGAAGCAGCUGUCCGCCCACUGCCAGGCAAAAGCCUUCCUCCCCUGGAAGAAGAGGAAGUUCGUGCUGCUGCUGCGGCCAAUAUCUCCUGGGAAGAGUACAAGGCUGAGCGAUCACGGGCCCGUGAGCUUCGUCGCCAGGCAAGCGAGAAGACCGGCGGUGGUGGCAUCGCAUCGCUGACGAGCUGGUUUGGAGCCUCUGACUCGGACUCGGACAAGAAAAAGAAGGAAUAA